AUGGAAAGACAAGGUGUCUAUCCAAAUAAGGAAUCAUUCGAGUUAUUAUUAAAAGCCAUAACUACAGAAACUAAAGGACAUGAUUCAUACUCUGUCAGAGCUACUCACUUGGUCACAGAUGAUUUACCAAAAUUAUCAAUCGAAGAAGGCCUUGAAAAAACAAUAUCGGGAGAAUUCCAAGAAUUGUUAACUACCAAAGAUCCACAAGAAUCUUCAAAGAGUACAUACACAAUAAAUUUUGGACCGCAACAUCCAGCUGCUCAUGGAGUUCUUCGAUUGAUUUUGGAAUUAGAUGGUGAAGUGAUAAAAAGAGCAGAUCCGCAUAUUGGCCUUUUACAUAGAGGAACAGAAAAACUUAUAGAAUAUAAAACUUAUUUACAGGCACUCCCAUAUUUUGAUCGUUUAGAUUAUGUUUCAAUGAUGACAAAUGAGCAAUGUUAUUCAUUAGCUGUUGAGAAAUUGUUGAAUAUUGAAAUUCCCGAACGUGCAAAAUUUAUUCGUACAUUGUUUGGAGAAAUUACAAGAGUAUUAAAUCAUAUUAUGGCAACAAUGUCUCACGCACUUGAUAUCGGUGCAUUGACACCUUUCUUAUGGAUGUUUGAGGAAAGAGAAAAGUUAAUGGAAUAUUAUGAACGUGUAUCGGGAGCUCGAAUGCACGCAGCAUAUGUACGACCAGGCGGAGUGUCUCAGGAUAUGCCAUUAGGUUUGAUGGAAGAUAUAUAUCAAUGGGCAACACAAUUCGGUGCUCGCGUAGAUGAAGUUGAAGAGGUUUUAUCAGCAAAUCGUAUAUGGAAAAAUAGGACUAUGGAUGUUGGUUUAGUCACUGCACAGCAAGCACUGGAUUAUAGUUUUUCUGGUGUGAUGUUACGUGGCUCAGGUAUCAAUUGGGACAUACGUAAAGUUCAACCAUAUGACGCAUAUGAUAAAGUUGAAUUUGAUGUCCCAGUUGGUACAAAAGGUGACUGUUACGAUCGUUUUCUUUGUCGUGUCGAAGAAAUGCGACAAAGUCUAAGGAUUAUUCAUCAAUGCUUGAACAAAAUGCCAACCGGAGCUGUUAAAACCGAUGAUUGGAAAAUAGUUCCUCCUAAUAGAUCGUCCAUGAAAGAGUCUAUGGAGGCAUUAAUUCAUCAUUUCAAGUUAUUUUCUGAAGGUUUUACUGUUCCACCCGGAGAAACUUAUACUGCAAUUGAAGCACCCAAAGGGGAAUUUGGUGUUUAUUUAGUUUCAGAUGGCACCAAUCGUCCAUAUAGGUGUAAAAUACGCGCACCAGGUUUUGCACAUUUGGCUGGUUCAAACUUCAUGAGUACUGAUCAUUUUAUUGCUGACAUGGUAGCAAUUAUCGGCACUAUGGAUGUAGUCUUUGGUGAAAUUGUCAGACCUCUAUAA